CUUGACGUUAGUCUUAAUUUAGCACUGUACCUACACCCGUGGGAGUAACUAGUUACUAAUAGUACCUAAGAGUGAGUAUAAGGAGACGAAACAUGAAGUUUUUCUUGUGGGGUGUUUUUGUUUGUGCUGUGUCGUGCAGAAUAACCAUGGCCGUCCCAACAGUAACCAUCGACGAGCUGUCCAAGGCAUAUACGGACGCCACCAUCAACUCGGCCCCAAAGACGGUCCUCGAAGGGAUCCUGAACGAUUACAUGGACCUCCAGUACGGCAAAGAGACCCCUUAUACGACUGGCAAGCAGGUCCUGCCUUCUGGGUCUACCAUCGAGCAAGUAGACGCGGCAGCAACUGAUGAUACAGUGGAGAAGAAAUUCAAGGAUAUUUUCAAGAAAAUCUCUGAUACAUAUAAGAGUGGUGACCUGACGCCUCAGUCCCCUGUCGAUGGGUGGGACCCUAAGUUCAGACCCGUUUUAGUUGUAGUUACACCUAAUAAGUUGUAAUUUAAUGUAUAAUUAAGCUAUGUACUGAUGUUGUUGAGAUCUUUUCAGUAUUAAUUUUAGAUACUAUUAAUUAAUAAAAAUAAUUAAGUCAUACAA